CCCCUCCCCGCUCACCCGCACCCCAGCCCCGAGGGCCAGAAACGGCGCUCCGUUCCCCCCCCCCCGGCGGCCCUUCUCUGGGCAGAGGGCAGUGGGUGCCUGGACUGAGGGCCGUGCGGCCAGACGUUCCGCAUGGAUGCCCUGCCUCCCCCCUUGGGAUGAGGUCCUGGCCCAAGUGACAGGUGUGCCGAAGGGCCCCAGGGGUAGAUUUAGAGGUUGGGUGAUGCAGACAGGGUGCAGGGGCUCAACGCCAGGGGCACCGUCCCAGCCUGCAGGAUCCGACGGGCGUGUAGGCCACACUCCACCAGGCACAGGGUUUGUAAUUGAGUCCUUGCCCCUGACAGGGCACAGGACAGGCAGGUUAGACCGGAUUCCCAUCCGGCAGGGCAGUGACGGAGCUAAGAGGGCCCCUCUGUCCGCUUGUCCGCAAAGCCCGUCCCUCCUCAUGCUGUCUUCGUGUGCGUGCAUUUAAGUGCCCUGCAGCAGGCCGGGAUGCUGGUCCAAGGGACAGGAGACGUGCUGGUCCGGAGGGCUGUCCUGAGUGCUCCAGGCAGCCCAGACAGGAUGUCGGGACACAGCCGUCCCAUCCUGGUCAAGCAGACCCCUGCUACCUGCUCAUCUGGGAGCCCCGGGGGCCCUGCUCUUCCUCUUCGCUUGAGGGGGUCUCCCUGGGACUUUGGGGCUCUGCCGAAACCCGCGGCUUGGCCUAGACAAGGACGGCGCCGAGGGCCCGGCGGCCCUGCCCUGCUCCGUGCAGCCAGCAGCGCGAGCCGCUGGUCUGGGGAACCUCCGUUUCUCCUGCUCUGUCCGCAGGGUGGGGGUGGGGUGGGCCCGGAGCCUCUGCCUUCCCCGACACCAGCCCAGGUGGUCUCAGGGCCUGUGGAGUGAGCCAAGUGGAGAGAAUGUCCCCUUGUGUCCAUUCAGCCUUUGGGGACACGUGGCAUGUGCACCUGCUUCCUGCUUGGGGACAACUGCCCCUUGGAUGCAGACCGGGGGGGCGGGCCGGGGGCUUCCAGCACACAGGAAGCUGCUCUCAGAGCCCCAGAGGCUGUGGUGGGGGUGGGGCGGCCAGUGGGGUGGGCCUGCGUGCCGCCCACGAGAGCCUUUCGGGAGCAGGUGGCCCUGGGCUGAGGUGGACUGAGGCGGACACGUCUGUCUGUCUGGGGGACCUCAGGAGAGGAGGCCGAGCCAGCGGCAAGGCCUCCUGUGUGUCCCGGCGAGGCCACUCCUGCGGCGGGUGCUCGUUCCCGUGACCGGUCACCCCUCUGCAUCCUGUCUCCUCAGACACGCGCUGGCCGUGCCUGUGUGGGGGGGGUUUGAUCUGCCGAGAGGGGUCCUCUGAGCGUGACGUGGGGUGUUUCGCUCUCUCCCGCCUCCCUGCCUCGCCCUCCUCUCAGUGCCCUCAGGUGCCAGUUACCUCCCAGUGCCUGGCGGUGGGCCUCUGGCUGCUCCAAGUUCGGCAUGUGGCACCCCUGCCCCUAUUGCCUGCGGCCCCCUGGGCCUCUCUGCUCACUCACUCCCGUCCCUGGGGUGGAGGAGGGGGGGGCUGGGCCAGCCCUCAUUUGCCUCGUGCAAAUCAGAGAAAGAGGCCUCCACGUGCACCCCAAAUGGUGGUGGCGGCAGCUGGGGCACCUUCCCCGAGAAGCCUGCGGCCGUGGGUGUGGGACGCAAGCUCCUUCUGUCUCCGAGGCUCCUUCCUGCGUGAGCAUGGGGGCCCCGCGCGUCCCCGAGCGGACAGUGCUCUUCCAGCGCGAGAGGAGCGGCCUGACGUACCGCGUGCCCGCGCUGCUGCCCGUGCCCCCCGCGCCCACCCUGCUGGCAUUCGCGGAGCAGCGGCUCAGCCCCGACGACGCGCACGCGCACCGGCUGGUGCAGAGACGGGGCACGCUGGCGGGGGGCUCCGUGCGGUGGGGCGCCGCGCGCGUGCUGGGGACGGCCGCCCUGGAGGAGCACCGUUCCAUGAACCCCUGCCCCGUGCACGACGCGCGCACGGCCACCGUCUUCCUCUUCUUCAUCGCCGUGCGGGGGCGCACCCCCGAGGCCGCGCAGAUCGCCGCGGGCAGGAACGCCGCGCGCCUCUGCUGCGUGACCAGCCGGGACGCGGGGCGCAGCUGGGGCGCCGCCCGGGACCUCACGGAGGAGGCGGUGGGCGGCGCCGAGCAGGACUGGGCCACAUUUGCCGUGGGCCCGGGCCACGGCAUCCAGCUGCGCUCAGGCCGCCUGCUGGUGCCUGCCUACACGUACCACGUAGACCGGCGGGAGUGCUUUGGCAAGAUCUGCAGGACCAGCCCGCAUGCCUUCACCUUCUACAGUGACGACCACGGUCGCACCUGGCGCCACGGAGGCCUGGUGCCCAACCUUCGCUCGGGCGAGUGCCAGCUGGCCGCGGUGGACAGCGGGCAGGCCGGCCACAUCCUGUACUGCAACGCCCGGAGCCCCCUGGGGAGCCGCGUGCAGGCGCUCAGUGCGGACGAGGGCACCUCCUUCCUGCCCGGGGAGCUGGUGCCCGCCCUGGCUGAGACCGCCCGGGGCUGCCAGGGCAGCGUCCUUGGCUUCCCUGCCCCGCUCUUUAGCAGGCCGAGGAAUGGUAGAUGGCCAGUGGGUGCCGGGAGCCACAACUACUCUCCACACCUCUGUCUUGGAGUCCAGGAACCCUCAGAGGAGGGUACUGGAGACACCCAAGGGGCCCAGGGGCCCAGCGGGAUGGAGGGAUGUAGGGACAGCCCCGAAGAGCCUGGCCUGGGGUCUGGGCUCAGUGGGAUCAUGGCGGCCUGGACCUCGAAGGUCCCCGGGCCCCCUGCCACCCUGUCUCAGAGCCCCACCUGGCUGCUGUAUUCCCACCCGGUGGGGCGCAGGGCUCGGCUCCAUAUGGGAAUCUAUCUGAGCCGGUCCCCCCUGGAUCCCCACAGCUGGACGGAGCCCUGGGUGAUCUAUGAGGGGCCCAGCGGCUACUCUGAUCUGGCAUCCGUCGGGCCAACUGUCAAGGGAGCCCUGACCUUUGCUUGUCUGUUUGAGAGUGGGGCCAGGGUCUCCUACGAGGAGAUCUCCUUCUGCAUGUUCUCCCUUGGUGAGGUCCUGCAGAACCUGCCCCCGGGCCCCAAGCCACCCGGCCUCGGGGACAAGCGUCUGGAGCGCUGCCGGCCUUCCUGACGGGCUCUCUGGUCCGACCCAUUUGUACAUACCUCAUAGUAUGCUUUGAAAUAAGAAACAAAAGUGGGCAGGCUUCUAGGAGACAUAGAUCCACAGUUACAGUAGAAAAUUGUAGAUACAAGUCUCGGUGACUGACAGAGUGAGCAGGCAAAAAUCAGGCUGCACACAGAAGCUUUGGCCAACUUGCCCAAGAAGCUUCACUCAGUGGACGCGCGCACAGCACUGCACAGAACAGAAUCCACAGUCUGUUGGAGUACACGUAGGUGUGAAAACUGACAUUAUACUGGAUUACGAAGUCAAGUCUCUAGAAGACUUCAAAGGAUUGAAAAGUACAGUGAAAUUGAGCUGGAAAUGAAAACAAAAGGACACUUAAAAUCUUCCUUGUGGGGGCACCUGGGCGGCCCAGUCAGUUCAGCAUCCGACUCUUGAUUCCGGCUCAGGUCGUG